AUGGAACGUCUGGGAAUCAAUGGCAGCAAGCUCUCCACCGGUCUACAGUCAACUCUUCAUUUGCAGCUGUGGCGCGCUUUACUCAUCAGUGAACCUUCUGCGGGAUGCAAAUUGCUUGCCUCUUGGCCAUUGGAAAGCAUCAAAAUGGCCUACUGUGUUGCAACUGCCAAUGAUGCUUCUGCCUUUGUUGCACGCACUCCCGUUACUUCCGGACGUGUCUGUUCAUCCGUCAGUGGAGCAAUCGCCUCCCUGUCUAGCGGAGCUGGACGGCCCUCUUCUCGUCGACAUCACACCUCAUCCACCUCGUCUACUGCUUCUAUCAUUCAGAUUCCGGGAGUCAGUGCUACUGCUUCGCCAACGGCUUCAAAUGAUGUAACUGGGCCCUUGGGAUCCAGUGCGAAUUCCGGAGCCACCGCAUCUCGCCCUAUCGCUAACUGCGUUUCUGAUCAAUAUACUCAGAAACAUCAACACACGCUAUACUCCCAACCCGGAUCCCUGAGCUCUGCAGGUCGUCCAACUCUAUUGGAGGCUGACCCUCUCAAGCAGUUACCACAGCCAAAUAGCUUAGCUUUCGAUACAGCCUAUAACCUUCCGGGUCUCGAAGGAACUUUUCUUGCUGGUGAGCAAGACGAAUUUGAUCUGGAUGAGGAAGAUGCUGGCCAGGUCAAAAAAUCCGUUGGAGCAUCAAAGACUACUGGAGAGGUUUUGUUUGUUCUAGCUGCGAACAAGCAUGCUGGAAAAGGUAAUGCUCUUUUGUUUCGAAGUCUUUUCUAUCGUACUUUCUAUCCAUCUAUGAGUACCUAUGUCCUUCAAUCUCACUGCCUAUACUUAAAUUUCCACUCGUUUAACCAUCUCCAUAUAUUUUUACCUAUGUACAGGUAUUUAUCCAAUGUAUUAUUUACCAAUCCGGCUAUCUAUAUCUCACUUAUAAGAAGUUUUGCAUCACAUUUAUUUUUUUAUAUAUUUAGCUUGUCCAAAUUCUCGUUCUUGCUUUCGAAGCUGUGA